ACUCUCAAUGCUGAUGGCCUUACAAGAAGAGCACUAGAUAAGUGGAAUCUCCUGUCUUUUCUAUCGCUUCCUCCACCUAACUCUAAUCUCAUCGUCUCCUUCUCCAGCUCUAAUCGGAGAAAAAUGGAGGCAGUAACGGCGAUGAAGCCACUGAUCAAAGUCGCUGCAAUCUCCGGUUCUCUCCGGAAAGGAUCUUUCAACACCGGUCUCCUCCGCGCCGCGAUGGAGUUGACGAAAGAAUCGGUUCCGGGGAUGCAGAUUGAGCAUAUAGACAUCUCUCCGUUGCCGUUGAUCAACACCGAUCUGGAAUCCAACGGGACUUACCCUCCCGUCGUCGAAGCUUUCCGGCAGAAGAUCCUUGAAGCCGAUAGCAUUCUCUUCGCUUCCCCUGAGUACAACUUCUCUGUCUCAGCUCCACUUAAGAACGCGAUCGAUUGGGCUUCAAGAUCACCUAACGUUUGGGCUGACAAACCUGCUGCCAUCAUAAGCACCGGUGGAGGUUUUGGUGGAGGAAGGUCGCAGUACCAUCUUCGACAGAUUGGAGUGUUCCUUGAUCUUCAUUUCAUCAACAAACCGGAGUUUACUCUCAAUGCGUUUCAGCCGCCUCAGAAAUUCGAUGCAGAAGGAAACUUGGUCGAUGAAGUGGCUAGGGAGAGGUUAAAACAAGUCCUUGUCUCGUUACAGGCGUUUACUCUGCGACUUCAAGGUAAGUAGGUGGAGGGCAGUUCUUGAUCAUUUGUGUGAGAUUGAUGUUCGUGUGAUGAAAAUAAUGUCAGAUUCUUGUGAUAAGAAGCAGUGUGUCAUUGCCACUUGUCCUAUGGAAAUUUCUAUUUCUCAUUUAUAUCUAUGUGUUUACAUAUAUGAUACAACUAUGUAUAUCAAACGAGCGAUGCUUUUUGUUUCAUUUUUUUUCUUUUAAAUAAGACGUGAAUAGAUUUAGCA